UGCUCUUCAUUUUUGCGGGAUUUUUUCUUUGUCAAAUAGAACUGAUUCAAGCCAAAGUCCCAGCAUUAACUCCUAGUGAAAAUAUUAUUUACCAGAAACUAAAAAAACAGGAUUGCGGAGCAUUAUCAAAUGCUAUUCCAGUUCAAAGACUACGUCACAGGGUCACAAAUGGCAGAAGGGUCUCUUUGAUGUCCCAGCCUUGGAUGGCGUUGCUCUAUAUUCCAGGUGAUAUGGAUUUGUGUCGCUGUGGAGGCACCCUGAUAUCGGAAAGAUUUGUGUUGACUGCUGCUCACUGCAUUAAACUGUGUCGCAAUCCAAGCGCAUUAAAAGUUCGAUUGGGUGAGCACAAUAUAACUUCCACUGAAGACUGCACUUCGGUGGAUCAAAAACAGCUGUGUGCUCCGCCUGUGGAGGACUUUGAUAUCGAAAAGACUGUAAUUCAUGAAAGAUUUUCACCUUUCUAUCAUGGUAAUGACAUUGCUCUGCUAAGAUUGAGCCAAAGGGUUGUCUUUAAAGACCACAUCCGACCCAUUUGUCUUCCUCUGACAGAGGAACUCCUGUCCUACUCUUCUCUUCUGGGGGCAUCCUACUUGGCAAUGGGCUGGGGACAAACCGAGGAGCUUCGCCUCUCUGAUACCCUAAUGGAGGUCUAUAUUAAUACGGAACAGUGCUCUGCGGAUACCCAUGAAUCAUUUUUGUGUACCAAUGGACAUGUCCAGGACACAUGCAGAGGUGACUCCGGUGGACCGUUGGCCUGGCAGAGUUGGUAUUUUGACUCUGCAAACCGGCAAGUUCAAUUUGGAAUCACCAGCUGGGGCAGCUGGACCUGUGGGCAUGGUCUUAAGGCAUACUACACUAAUGUGGCCAUGUAUAUGUCCUGGAUAAUUGAAAAGCUUGCCGAGUUUCCCAACUUGUAAAUGGGUGUGAAGAGAAUAGAUUUG